AUGGAUGGCUUGAAGGUUGUCAUUACUAUCGAAAUCACUCUUUCAACUACACAAACUUUCUCACGAGAAACGCGAGUCAAUGAUAUGCUAGUAUCUUCGGAACAAGCAGGUGUCUGUACCUACAGCGUUAAACAUACAACCCGUUCAACAACAGAUCUAGCGUUGGAAAGCAACGAUCGACAUGAGAAUUGGCGUCUCCUCAACACGGCCUUUUACGGUCUCAAGAUACCUAGACUUUCCCUAGGUGCUCACCGCAUGUACACCAAAUACCAGCUAAUUAUGGUCCUUCAAAUCUUGCUAUAUCGAUUCCAUUUGGGGAUCUCUUGCCUAUAUAGCCAGAUGUUCAAAGAACCUGCAGAAGGUACGCCAACGCAUUCAGAAUCAACAGCAUAUGUCUCUCAGCCCCCGAACCCAAUCAACCAACUCCGAGCUUCGCAAACGCCCGACUAUGAGCAUUUAAAUAUGCGGGAGGCCAUCACGAACAAGAAUCCUAGCUAA